UGCGGAGGUUUGACGAUGGAGCAUCUGUACUGCUUAUGUGGAUGCAAAAGGAAACAGUAAUCCUUCUCUGUCACUGACAUCUUCUGAAACAGCUCGUUGUGGAGGCGCUGGAUUUCUUCAUUCCGCGCGAAUUUUUACUACAGGAAUCAUUAAGAUCCACAGGUCUUCAGAUUCAUGAGCAUCGACAUGGAACUGCAGCGUCCACUUCUAGUUUAAGACGUUUACGGAUGUUUGUAUCUCGUACUUACACAGCAGGAACACUCUAUGUGAGACGCUGCCCUGUUGUUAGAUCUCCCAGCAUGGCAACUCACACGAGGCUUGUGUUGCAUUUGCUAUUGCUGUUCAUAUUUGCUGUGCAGGAGGUCAGGCUGGUGUGUGUGGACGUGGCAUCAGACACAGAGGCCGUCGUAGGCCGUGUUAUGAAGUUAACCUGCAUCUACUGCAUGAAACGAGAGGAGAUCUCUGCCGAGACCAAAGUGGACUGGUUCUUCACUGGAGAAGAUAAAAGAAAAGUGCUUAUCUAUCAGUAUGAUCGUGAGCCACAGAUGCCAAAGGAUGUAGAAAUGUACUGGAAGGGCCGUCUGACAUGGAAGGGCAGCCAGGACCUGCAGGACAUCUCCAUUAGCAUCCUAAACGUUACUCUUAAUGACUCUGGCAUGUACGAAUGUAAGGUGUCACGCUUCUUUGAGUUCAAUUCAUUCAAGCAUUCCACCACCAAGAACACAACAAUCGAUCUUAAGGUAAAAAUGAAAGCAAGUCGAGACACCACGGCGCUAUACUCCGAGAUCAUGAUGUAUGUGCUGCUGGUGUUCCUCACAUUCUGGUUGCUGGUGGAGAUGAUCUACUGCUACAGGAAGAUCUCCAAAUCCGAGGAACAGGUGCAGGACACUGCGACAGACUACUUAGCCAUUCCCUCUGAAAAUAAAGAAAACCCCGGCCCUGCUGUAACGGAAUAAAAGUCUCACACCAUUACGGUACUGACGAUUCUUAAUAGCAACCGGUUUAAAAUGGAGAAACCAGGAAACCUGCCAAAUCAAAUCCCUCUUGUCUUGAUAAUGUGAUAUGUGGAAGAAACUCUCAACUGGUUCAUUAUCUCCCACUGUCUCGAUGGAGGUCAGCAGUAACACACAUCUAAUCUCAGACUGAGGAUCUCUAUGUGUCUGUCCUCAACUUUUGCCUUAGUAAAGACACAAAUACAACAGCCUGGAGCUGAAGAGCUAUCAUACUGCCUAUACACGCACUUUUCUUAACCAAAUGCCAAUCAUUACUGUCACAAUGCCCAUGUGAGCCUUUCCCUCUUUGGUAUACGCUGUUCUUACUCUUUUGAUAGAAAUAGAUGAAGAUAAGUCUGGAUUCCAAUUAGACUUAGUUUUUAUCCUCAUAUUUUCUAUAAAAAGGAAUCCCAUUAUAGUAUUUUGGGUUUUUAUUGCUUUUUAUUUUAAAAGAAACUUUCAAGUCACUCAGCUUUGCCACUUUGCAAUCAAUAAUCAGUGAAACUGAGGUAAACAGCUGUAAUACUGCAUACAGAAGCGUGAUCGAACACAUGUUGUCAUUUGUGUUUACAUUGGUAAUUGCAGUCAGUUUGUGUUCUGAAUGAUCUUGCAGCAUUAAAGCCAGUUCUUGGGAUUAAUACUAGCACUAGACUGAAUUGCAUACACUAUUCCAAAAAUGGCAGUUUGUACUACCACAUUGCAACCUGUUGUUAUUGUUCAGUGAUGUUUAGCAGCAGCCGUGAGAUCUGUAUACCUUAAACCUUUGCUUUAUGAUUCUACACACUCAUUUCAGAUUGACGGUGAAUAGUUGGUUGGAAGUAGUAACACAAUUUCUUCAGCUGUUAAAAUAACACUGGAUUUUGUGUUUGUACUACCUUUUUUCACUGUUGGUGUUAUGAAUUUAUAGAUUUGGAUUUUGUCCCUUUUUUUUUGUAAUUUCCAUUGGUGCCGGCUUGUCUCUGUUAACUUUUGCAUUGUUUAAUAUAGGACAUGGUUGCAACCGCAGAAACACUACGCUUGCUCUGCCCUGUUAUAAUGGAGCUGCUCAAAGCUUGUCAUGUAUAUUAAACCAGGUGAUGCAUUCCAAAAAA